AUGCUGUCGACCCCUCCCCCUAACGGGGCACUGGACCUGUCGGGCAUCCCCCUGACGGUGCGUGACAUGGAGCGCCUGUGUGUCUACCUGCAACGCCACGCGCCCAUCAUCUGCAGCCUGGAGCUGGGUUUCACCGAGCUCACCGACGACGCCUUCCUCCUCCUCCUGCCCACGCUGGCCGCCCUGCCCCGCCUGGAGACCCUGGCCCUCAAUGGCAACCGGCUGACCCGUGCCGUCCUCAAGGAGCUGACGGACAGUCUGAAGGACCCGGCCAGCUUCCCCAGUGUCACGUGGAUCGACCUGGGCAACAACGUAGACAUCUUCUCCCUGCCCCAGCCCUUCCUGGUGAGUCUGAGGAAGCGCUGCCCCAAGCAGGGCAACCUGCCCACCAUCCUGGAGUUUGGUGAGAGCCAGGCCAGCGAGCCCGAGGGGAGGGUGGGGGAUGAUGACGAUGACAGGGAUGACAUCAACAGGACAGAGAGCAUGGAUGAGCUGAGGUCGGAGGUGGAGGGGGAGAUGGAUGAAGAGACAGAGAUUGAGGAGAUGAUGGAAGAGUUGCUGGACUUUGACCUGGAGGUGCAGGGGAAGGAGGACGAGAUAGAGGAUAGCAUGUGGACAAUGGAGGAGCAGAGGAUGGAAGGAAAGCGGAGGGAGGAGACACAGGGACAGGGAAUUAGGAAGAUGGUGGGGAAGGCAGAGCUAGAGGAGGAAGACACACAGAGUCAGUCCUCCCACUUGUCGUGCUCCAGCCAAUCGCAGCAUUCUUCUGGAGUGGUUGAGCUGAUGAAGGAGGAAGAAGGAGAGGAGGGGACAGAUCACUUAGAUCACCUGACCUGA